AUGUCUGAACGCGGUGGUUACCGAGGCCGCGGCCGUGGUGGCGGAGAUCGUGGUGACCGUGGAGGAAGUCGGGGCCGCGGUGGCGGUGGCCGUGGUGGUCGUGGUGGUCGCGGCGGAGGAGACUUCGAUGGCGGACGUGGCCGUGGAACCUUCACUGGCGGCAGAGGAGGACGCGGUGGAGGAGGUCGUGGACGCGGUGGUUCUCCAAGCAUCUAUGGCGAAGGCCAUCCUGUUCCUCCACCAGAUGCCGAGGUUCAAAAGAUCGAGGAUACCUACAUCAAACAACGCAAAGGGUUGAGCCUUGACACUCUCAAGCUCUCCCAGGCUUUCCCCCUGAGACCGGCCUAUGGUACGCGUGGUAACCCCGUGGUUCUCUGGGCAAACUACUUCCCACUGGUCCCUCAGACAGGCAUCACUCUGUACCGCUACACCGUCAAUGUCGGGGUCGAGGGCAAGCAGCCACCUGGCUACCGGAAACUUAAGCGGAUCUUUGAAAUUCUGCUGGAAGACCAUUUGUCUGCCUUCCAAGGUCACAUAGCCACUGAUUUUAAGGCCACCUUGAUCUCGACCACCUCCUUGGAUUUGACGUCUGAGUCGCUCGAGGUUGCAUAUCGGGAUGAAUUUGACGCCGUUGCUGAGCCGAAUGCCCCCAGAUACCCCCUCCGUAUCGUUGAAAUCGCCCCGUUGGUCUUGGAUGAGCUUCUCAAGUUCCUCAAGUCCCCAGGAGCCGAUGCAUUCGGCCAAAGCAAGGAAGAAUACCUCCAGGCCCUCAACAUCGUCACCGGCCACUUCCCCAAGAUCUCCCUUGAUACCUUUAAUGUUGGCCCUAACAAACAUUUCAAGACGAAAACGAAGGACAUUUUUGAUCUUGGAGGAGGUCUCAAUGCUUACCGGGGCUAUUUUGUCAGCACUCGAGCUGCGACGUCUCGUCUCCUGGUCAAUGUGCAAGUCAAGCACACGACUUGCUUUUACGACGGACCCUUGGUCAAUCUGAUGACGAGCACACACAACUUAUUCGGUCUGAAGCAAAUGAACAACUUGCUCAAGGGCGUCAAAAUCUCGGUCACCCAUCUUCCACCAAAGACCAAUAAAAAGGGCGAGAGCGUCAAUCGCACAAAGACUAUUCUCGGGCUUGCUACCGCUAAGGACGGUGCAAGCUGUGAAUUCCCACCAAAAGUUGAACACUCGGGCGCUGGACCAGCUGAUGUCCAGUUUUACAUUUCAGGAAGUGAGCACUUCGAAACCGGCUACCAUUCUGUUUAUGACUACUUUAAAGUCCGUUAUAAAAUCGAGCUGGACAUGCGUUCUCCUGUGGUUAAUAUCGGCACGAUGGCCAACCCCAGCUAUCUUCCUGCUGAGGUCUGCAUAAUUGAGCCAGGCCAGUCAAUCAGAUCCAAGCUUAGCCCUGCUCAGACCCAAAAGAUGAUUUCUUUUGCCGUUAGACGUCCAAAGGAAAAUGCUGAGGCCAUCGUCAACCACGGGGCCCAAAUUAUCGGUGCAACCCUCCAGCCUCAAGCCACAGACACCAUGGGCAUCUCCUUUACCCCCAAGCUGAUCACGGUUCCGGGACGCGUCUUGAGCAACCCUUCUGUUCGUUAUAAGGGUCAGGGUGUGGCUGCCAUCCGCUCUGGUAGUUGGAACCUCAACAAUUUAACCUUUAGAGUUCCUGGCGCUCCCUUGAAGGAUUGGGCGUAUGUCAUGAUUGGAGAUGGCCACAUCCCUUCUGAUCCAGAUCGCGCCGUCACGGACUUUAUCAACACCGCCAGGGCACAAGGCUUAACCUUGUCACCUCCACUGAAGGCUGGCGGAAACACUGAUGGUCUCGCGUGGGUGGUGAAUUACAGAGACCCCGGCAAUGUCGAGAAGAACGUGGAUGAGAUGUUUAGACGAAUCAAGUCAAAUGCCAAUCUCAAGAACGCGAGACUACUGUUAGUUAUCCUUCCAAAUGAUAACCCGACAGUAUACAAACGGAUCAAGCUCAAUGGCGAGGUCUUCCAUGGCAUUCAAACCGUCUGUGUCAUCAUGUCGAAGUUUACCAAGUCGAGCAAUGUGCAGUACCAUGCCAACGUUGCCAUGAAGUUCAAUUUGAAACUCGGAGGUACAAACCAUGUCCUUGAUGAUUCCAAAAUGGGAAUCAUCGCAGGUGGCAAGACGAUGGUUGUUGGCAUUGAUGUCACUCACCCUGCUCCAGGAUCAUCUGAGACUGCCCCUAGUGUUGCUGGCAUGGUUGCCAGUAUUGACAAAACCCUCGGCCAAUGGCCAGCAAUUCUAAGAUUGCAGCGUGAGGCUAAGCAAGAGAUGGUCGAUGAUCUCACUGACAUGCUCAAGUCCCGCCUUCGCCUUUGGCAUAAGAAGAAUGGCGUGUACCCUGAGAACAUCCUUGUCUACCGUGACGGUGUCUCGGAGGGUCAGUACGGCAAGGUCCUGCAUGAAGAGCAUCCCCGCCUACUCAGGGCCUGCAAGGAACUUUAUACCGGCGGAGUAACCGCGAAGCUGCCUCGAAUGACUAUCAUCGUUGUUGGGAAACGGCACAACACUCGUUUCUACCCAACCAAGGCCGAAGAUUCCGAGAAGGACAAUGCUCGCUGUGGCACUGUUGUUGACCGCGGUGUCACCGAAACUCGUAACUGGGACUUCUUCCUACAGGCCCAUACCGCCCUUCAAGGAACUGCUCGUCCUGCGCAUUACUAUGUUGUCCUCGACGAGAUUUUCUCCCGCCGCCAGAACCCGGCAUAUCCAACCGUCGCUGACGAGCUUGAAGAUCUCACUCACAACAUGUGUUACCUCUUCGCUCGUGCCACCAAGGCUGUCAGCAUCUGCCCACCGGCGUACUAUGCCGAUCUUGUUUGCGAGAGAGCAAGAGCUUAUCUCAACUACUUUUACGACGAGAACCUUAGCCAGAAGUCUGGAUCGGCCUCUGUUGCUUCCGCAAAACAUCUCCAGCCUCACCCCAACGUUAUUGAUACCAUGUUCUACAUGUAA